CUUGUAGCAUGUAACACUCCUAAAUUGCUGAGAUACCCUCGGCCCUAGCGAACGCGACACAUACCAAUCCCAUUGAAUCCAUAGUCGCCCGAGUUAUAGAACCAUGGCGCAAGACGAUGAUCCAACGCGCGACUCGGCGCCCGAUUUGCAGAUACUGGGCGACCAGAUUACUCUUCAACCAAGGAGCUAUGUUGAAGCGCGCCGUCAUGAGGAUCAGGAAGAGCCUUUGCUACAUAACAUGGCCCGUUUUCGUUCUGAGCCUUUACAAUUCCUACGUGAAGUGUCCUUGUACGUUUCCGGUACAGGAUGGCGAGCAUACGACAACGUCAUCGGCCAACCCAUAUACUAUACUGGCUUCUCCGAACAGAUGAAGAACGCCGUCGUAUCCGCGCCCUUACUUCAAAGCCGAAUAUCCCAACUCGCUGAUAGGCGACUGGAAAUCGAAGAGAAGGAAGGAUGGCUUAAGAAGGAUGACAAAGAUUUCGUGACUAAAAAGGCCCAGAGACGGGCUAUAAUAGAGUCGAGCAUCCAGGAGGUCGCAGAAAAAAUGACGAAUGAUAUGAUAUGCAAGUUUGAGAGCAAAACAUUUAUCAGAGGCGCGUAUUAUUUGGUCACGCAAUUGCUUACGAGAGCAUAUCAUCAAGGAAUCCACGUCUCUAGCGAGGAAGUUCUGAGAUUAAGAAAGGUUGCUGAGGUGGCGGAGAAAAAGAAGCAGAGUAUCAUCUUUCUGCCUUCCCACAGGUCUCAUGUCGAUUAUGUUUCUAUGCAACUAAUAUGCUACCGAUUGGGACUGGCGUUACCUGUUGUCGUUGCAGGAGACAAUCUGAAUUUCCCCGUAGUCGGAAGCUUUCUACAACAUGCAGGUGCUAUGUGGAUUAGACGAUCUUUCGGCAACGAUACGUUGUAUACAACUCUUGUACAAGCUUACAUAGAUACCCUAUUGCAGGGAGGAUAUAAUUUCGAAUGCUUCAUAGAGGGUGGUCGGUCUAGGACGGGGAAACUCCUUUCACCCAAAUUCGGCAUUCUCAGUUUUAUACUUGACAGUUUGUUGUCUGGCCGAGUUGAGGACGCCAUUAUAUGUCCAGUAAGCACACAGUACGACAAAGUUAUCGAAACAGAAGGCUACGUUACGGAACUCUUGGGCGUUCCUAAGAAGAAAGAAAACUUGGCCGAUUUUCUGAGUGGCGGAUCGUCUGUCCUGUCAUUAAAACUGGGAAGGGUAGAUGUCCGUUUUCACGAGCCUUGGAGCUUGCGCAAAUAUAUCGACGAACAACUGACAAGGCUCACGGGGUCGCCUAGCAAUUUGAUGCUAGACACGAAAACACCAGAAAAUGCUGCUCUCAAGCAAAAGCUGUUACGAACCAUGGGUUAUAAAGUUCUAUCAGACAUCAAUAACGUGUCCGUCGUAAUGCCUACAGCAUUGAUCGGCACCGUAUUACUUACCCUAAGAGGUAGAGGGGUUGGCAAAUCCGAACUCAUAAGGCGCAUCGAAUGGCUCAUAGCCCGAGUAGGUGCAAAAGGAGGUCGUGUCGCGCAUUUUGGAAAUGCUCCAUUGUCCGAUGUUAUAGAACGAGGCUUGGACGUCCUUGGAAAGGACCUAGUCGGUGUAGUACAAGGCCUAGCAGAGCCAACAUAUUACGCCGUAGACAGAUUCCAGCUGUCUUUCUAUCGCAAUAUGACAAUCCACCUCUUCAUCUCGGAGGCUCUUGUGAGUGCCAGCAUGUACACGCGAGUUAAACUUGGUGGCGGUCCAGCACAUCAGGAAAUUUCCUACGACACUUUACGCGAGCAAGUGUUAUUCCUCUCGUCUUUAUUCCGUGGGGAAUUCAUAUUCCCCGGUGAAGGGUUAGCAGUCAAUUUGGAGAAGACCUUGAUUGGAUUGGAGGACGAUCGCGUCCUCAAUCUUAAGAGGGACGAACAAGGCAGCAUAUUAAGCAUCGGACUUGCCGACGAAGAGAGAGCCGUUGGCAGAGAAAAUUAUGAUUUUUACUGCUUUCUCAUCUGGCCAUUCAUCGAGUCCAGCUGGCUAUCUGCGGUUUCACUGAUGGGACUUACUCCUCCCCUCGGGCAGAAGGAAGAUGGCGUUUGGAUUGACGUUGCGAAGGCGCAAAACACGGCACAAUUGCUGGGUAAGACUCUAUACCACCAGGGCGAUCUAAGCUAUUUUGAGGCGGUGAAUAAGGAAACUUUGAAGAACUCAUAUCAACGUUUCGAAGAGGAGGGCAUCAUUUACGUGGUCAAAUCAAAGGACCCCAAGGUACCGCCUCGCCUGCGACUUGCCUCCGAGUGGGUUCCGUCUCGAGACCCAGAGAAAGCGGGUGCUCUGCAACCAUCUGGUCGAUUAUGGAACUUCAUCGAACGUAUUGCAUCUAGCAGGCGUGAGGGUAAGAAUAGGAGGGAUGGUGCCACAGUCAGUACGCGAGUACUACAUCUUGCAGAUACACUAGGGGCGAAGAUGUUCGAGGAGGCUACAAACCCAGACAGCAAAGCCGAAGCCAAGCUUAAUAAUGAAGAGGCAGCGAAACUUAAGAAGGCGGUUAAAGCAGAAAGGAGAAGGAGAAGACUAGAGGGUAGGGCGCAUUUGUAAUAGAAGCGCUGAUCUGUACAUCUAAUGUAUGCUUGAUACCUUACUUAACUCUAACGAUGAAAUCAUUGUAUAUCAAUACCU